AUGCUGAGGAAAUGGGCAGAGAGGUCCUUGUUCUCAACAAGCUAUAGAAUAAUGGCUGAUUAAACAAGCACCCCAGUACGUGAAUAAUUAAAACUUGGGAAGGGCACAACAGGGAGCCCCAAGAGGGAGAAAAGGGAAGGUCCCCAGGAAUGGCCUCUGGGGAAGUGACACUCGAGCGUGAAAAAGGAAAAGCAGGCCCUGACCUGGCUCUUCACAUGCAUUAUCUCUCAGACCCGUAUGGUGGGUAUCGUUAUCCCCAUUUUUCAGAUGGGGAAAUGGAGGCAAAGAGAGGGUUCGACAACCAAUCCUGUAAAGGCUUGCAGGUCAUCACUGUGUCAUACGGUCUCCCAGGCAUCUUACUUUGCCCUGUGACACAAGUAACAGUGUGCUCCAUGUCACCUUAGCGUGUGAGACAUGCCAGCCAGCUCCCAAGCCCCCCCUCAGAUCCCCCUUGCCCACCUAGCCGUGGGUCCUGGUGUGCCUAGAGUGAACUCUGUCCUGUCACUGGCCCCUGCCACCCAGUGGCAGAAUGUGAUCCCAGGUCAGGCAGUGGUUCUGAGUAGCCAUAGGAAUGAUCAGCUGGGGCUGGGGGAUUCGAGGAAAGCUUCCUGGGGAAGGGUGGGAUCCAGACAGGCCCGAAGUGGAAAAAGGUUCUUCCAGUAAUGGGAGGGGGCUUCACACACGCAAAGGCUCAGAAACAAAGAAUGGAGCACGGCUACAGCGUAGAAGAGAUGGGAGGCAAAGAAAAUAGGGUCCGGUUUGCAGAAAGCCUUAACGGUCUGGUGGAGGGGCUGGAACCUGGUGCUGAUGGGAGGGAUCUCAUUUGCUUGUGUCAGCAAGGAGGUCAGCAGGGCUGAGCUGGGGAGGGAGGGUGUCUGGACACCAGGCUGGGAACCAUGGCUCUGUCCCCAUCACAGCAUCUCUUUCAGAUUUCUCUUGGUGAUGCACUUCUGAGUGUUCUGCUGAGGAACGAUGGGAAGUCAGCCCAGCAGGGGGAAAGCCUUUCCAAGCCCAAGCCUGAGCCCCCGUGUGCAAGGCCAGGGUCCUGAGCCCAUGCAAGCAGAGAGGAGCAAGGCCAAAGCUGUGGCCUUGGGCAGUUUCCCGGUAGGCGAGCAGGCAGAGCUGUCUCUGAGACUGGGGGAGCCAUUGACCGUCGUCUCUGAGGAUGGAGACUGGUGGACGGUGCUGUCGGACAUCUCAGGCAGAGAGUACAUCUUCCCCAGCAACCACGUGGCCAAAAUCUCCCAUGGGUGGUUAUAUGAGGGCCUGAGCCGGGAGAAAGCUGAGGAACUUCUGCUGCUGCCUGGAAACCCAGGAGGGGCCUUCCUCAUCCGGGAGAGCCAGACCAGGAGAGGCUGUUACUCCCUGUCGGUCCGCCUCAGCCGCCCUGCAUCCUGGGACCGGAUCAGACACUAUAGGAUCCAACGCCUUGACAAUGGCUGGCUGUACAUCUCACCACGCCUCACCUUCCCCUCACUCCAGGCCCUGGUGGACCAUUACUCUGAGCUGGCGGAUGACAUCUGCUGCCUACUCAAGGAGCCCUGUGCCCUGCGGAGGGCCGGCCCACUCCCUGGCAAGUCCAUACCUCUACCUGUGACUGUGCAGAGGACACCACUCAACUGGAAAGAGCUGGACAGCUCUCUCCUAUUCUCCGAAGCAUCUGCCACAGGGGAGGAGUCCCCCCUCAGUGAGGGACUCCGGGAGGCCCUUACCUCCUACAUCAGCCUGACUGAUGACAUCUCCUUGGACGAUGCCAAGGCCCAAAGCAGAGGCCGAAAGGGGAACCAAGGCUGCAGCACCUAGAACCCCAACUCAGCUCAGCCUGACUGAGCACCCCAGAGGCAAAGGCUGUGCAGAGUGAGGGGAGGGCUGGGACACAGAGGCACAGCCAGAGUCCCACCCCAAUCCUCUGUUCCUUCCUCUCUCAGCCCUAGGAAGUCACCUAACCUCCUCCCAGUGCCAUGACCCGACCUACAGCCUCUAGUUCAGGUAAAGACGAGUUGAGAACAGGGCCAGGACUCGAGAGAGACUAGAUGUCCUCGGCGUGACCAGCCAGCUCCCAAGUCUGGGCGUCCCAGUACCACGCCCCUCCCUCUGCCUGCUGAGUCUCAUUCUACCCCCCACAACCACUCCCACAAAGCAGAGAACGCCCACUAGCAUCAGGAGAAAAAAAUAAUCAUUUAAGGAAAACUGACCAGUCUCACUCAGAAUGCCACCACACCUCAGAAGGUAGAACUACGGCCUAGAAGGGACAGGAAGGAAGAGGGGGAUGGGUGGCUUAAACGGCAGCAGAACCUGGGCUCUCCAGCUUCCACCUGACCGCCAUGGCAAAGAGCAGGACCUCUGACAGUCCAGGUCCUCCAAGUCCCUAUUAAGCCCCUUCUCUGGACAGUCCUAGCUCUCAGAUCUUGCAUUUUGUGGCUCAUCAUUUGAACCUGGCUAAGCUUUCUCGGCUACAACAGCCUUGCCGUCUUGUAGCCAAAUGCAAAGGACACCAUCCGAGCGCAGCACGCCGCAGUGAGCUUAGGCGUGUCCCUCAGUGCUGAGCGGGAGCAUCAGGGCAUCGGAAGGUGGUAAGCCCUCCCUCCACAGAGUCAAGGCCACAGCCCACACCAACUCCAGCCCUUGAUUUCCCUGCUGCACAUUAAGGGAAAGAAGCCUGGAUAGAGCUGUUAAGGGAGCAGGGAGAGGAGGAAAAGGGAAGGGGGAAGGGGAUGGGAGGGCACCACCUCUACUGCUCCUGUUGGAUUCUGAAGCUAGAGGUGAGGUGGGAAAGGCUUUACCAGGUAUCACCAACAGGGGCUCAAUUAAAGAUGUGAUUUAUUCAAGUUUCUGGAAAACAUUCUACAAUGA